AUGAUGGUUCACAUGUCAAGAGAAAUAAGGUUAAAAGAAUUCUUCAUUGCAUUCUACUCCAAGAAGUCACUACUUCAUGAACAUAUGGGGGGACAGGACUUGGAGAUAAAAGAACACCUUGAUUUCCAAGAUAUAGCUGAAAUGCUCCGUCUGAAUGUUCCAAUGGCAAUGAAGCUAGCAUUUGAUGGUCUGAAAGAUUCAGAGUAUAAAACAAGAGAUACUGAUAUUGAUGAUGUGGGUCGUUUUGAUAAUGUUGAAUUAUCAGUCCUCCUUUGCAAUGAUGAGUUUAUCCGCAAACUUAAUAAGGACUGGAGGGACGAGGACCACGCUACUGAUGUUCUCUCCAUGUCACAACAUAUCCCCGAACUUAAGCUUCCAAUUCUUAUGUUGGGUGACAUAGUAAUCUCUGUUGAGACAGCUGCAAGACAAGCAGAGGAAAGAGGGCACACUCUUCUUGAUGAGAUACGGAUCCUCAUGGUUGGUUCAAUUGUAUUUAUUUGCCCAGGAAUAGUAAGUGUUAGGUACCCUUGA